ACGAGGCAUGAAUGUGCAAAGAUGGCAGGGAAAACAUUUGAAAGCAUUUUCCUGCUAGAAAAAUAUCGGAUUCCUUUAUCGCUUUAGGAACAUGGGAUUCAGACCCUUGGGUGUAAAUCUCCUCAAAAAAUUUCACAAUUCAUCGGCACGAUCCAUUCCUCCAUCAUUUGCCCAUAAGAAACCGGUGUACCCUUUGAUUCCUCGGUUGUACGAUCGAUCUCCCCCCUACCCUGAAAAUCAUAGCUUAAAGAUCUCUAAGAGGUGGCAUGUCGGUCAUUCUCAUCACCACCACGAGCAAACCAGCGAAGAAGGCGAGAGGAUUUUCAGGCUCGGACUACUCUCCGAUAUCGGGUUAACUGCCGGCAAAGUAUUGACGGGUUAUUUGUCCGGUAGCACCGCCAUCAUCGCCGAUGCCGCUCAUUCUCUCUCCGAUGUGGUGCUUAGUGGUGUUGCUUUGGUAUCAUUUAGAGCUUCAAGGGUUCCCAAGGACAAAGAACACCCAUAUGGGCAUGGUAAGUUUGAGACUUUAGGCGCACUUGGAAUUUCUGGCGUGCUUUUAGUAACGGCUGGGGGUAUUGCAUGGCAUGCUUUGGAUGUUUUAGUGGGGGUAUUGUACUCAGCAGCUUCUGAUCAACAUAUAGGUGGGGGGCAUGAUCAUGGGAUUGACAUGAAUCAUCCUGUGCUAGCUUUGAAUACUACUAUUGUUGCAAUUGCUGUUAAAGAAGGGUUAUAUUGGAUAACAAAGAGGGCAGGAGAGAGGUCUGGCAGUGGAUUGAUGAAAGCAAAUGCAUGGCAUCAUCGUGCAGAUGCUGUUUCAUCACUUGUUGCUCUUAUAGGGGUUGGUGGAUCUAUUGUUGGGGUGAGGUUUCUUGAUCCCCUUGCUGGGCUUGUUGUCUCUGGCAUGAUACUAAAGGCUGGACUCCAAACUGGUUACGAGAGUAUUUUGGAGCUGGUGGAUGCUGCAAUACCAUCUCAUCAUUUGGACCCAAUCAGAAAGACAGUGUUACAAGUCAAAGGAGUGGAGGGAUGCAGACACAUUAGGGGAAGGAGAGCUGGUUCGUAUCUGUAUCUUGAUGUAAAGAUCCAGGUUGAUCCCUUGUGUAGUGUGAGAACAGCACAUGAAAUUGGUGAAACUGUUCGUUACCAGAUUCAGAAUUGCCAUCCUCAAGUCUCUGAAGUCUUCAUACACUUGGAGCCUAACAAUAAACUUUCUCAGCCUACUACUACUACUACUACUACUCAUGUUCAUGCCCAGCAACAAGAAAAUAGGAUUGAAGAAAUGAUUACUGAUAUGCUCACUUCCAACUUCUCUCAGAAAAUGAAUGUGAAGCACGUAAGAAAACAGAAGUUGCAAGGCCAGAUUUUGGUCCAAAUCGAGGUUUCCAUGCCACAAGAUAAGACUAUUAGUGAUGCAAUCAAAGUGGCAGAAGAAGCCAAGCGCCAUAUCUUGCAGUUGCUGGACACCUCCGACUCUAACCCUAACCCUAACCCUAUCCCUACGCAGGUUCAGGUUACCUUCAUCUUGCAACUUGCAUAAUGAGUCCCCAUGAAAUGAAUCGUCGUCAAUAAAGAACCAGAUUUAGUUUCAAUUGUCACCAAUGCCAGAUCAUUUCAAUGAAAAAAAGAGUCGCGAUAGACACAACAGAAUUACAAAACUUUUUGAUUAAAAUAUGUACUUUUGUUGUAAAUUUUUUUACACAAGCAAAACCAGUUAUUACAAUUGUCACGAUUUCAUUAACUUUUUUUUUCUUACAAUUAGAGUUUGUUUUGCAUUUAAUUUGGAUUUGUAACAUGAUUAUUAUCUUAUGGUAAAAAUGUGUUCACUUCACCAUUUAGAUUUGCCACCCGGCAAUUUUUUUUUUUUUGCUGAGGCGGUGUUAAAGUGGACACCGUUCAGUCAUCACUGUCUCAAGAUAACUAUCGACACGGAAAAAUAAAAAGUGGAUCAGAUUUCUGGCUUGGAUUCUUCUAAUAAUUUAGAAGAAUAUUUAAAUAGCGCACAGUAUAAUCAGCUUCGAUCAUCUGGGGAAAUAAUCAUCAUUUCCACCUUUUAUUCAACACAAUAUAAAGUUCUUAUGAAUCCAACAAAAUUAACAAAAACACAAGUCAGGAUUAACUUGGUUACUGCUUUACGAAUACACCAUCAAAUAUUUGUCGUCCACAAGUACUUUUCGACUUUAAAAAGGCAUUUUGUUUAAAAUACAAAUUAAAUAGACAAAUUGGAAAAUAGACGGAUCAGAUUUCUGGCUUGGAUUCUCCGAAAAGGAGAAUGUUUAAAUAGCGCACAGUAUAAUCAGAUUCGAUCAUCUGGGGAAAUAAUCAUCACUUCCAUCAUUUCCCUUUUUAAACAUAAACCUAAUAAAUCAACUCUGGGAAAAUUACUUUCAUCUUUAAAUACAAAUCCAAAAUCCAGAAGACGUUAAAUAAAUUAUUAAUAAUAAAAACCAAUAAACUUCACAACUCUUAAAUUUAUGAAAUAAUAGAAACAUAAGUUUAAACCAUUGAUCAGAUAAUUGUAGUCUGGAAGUAUUUUUAGAUCGACAUUAUGUUUUCCGACAACUUGCUCAUCACCUCAAUGUCAAAAAUUAAAAUCAAUAUACUAUUAAAUAAGAAAAAAAAAACACAAAUAAGAUAAUAAAUAGUAGAUGAUGCUCAGAAGGAUCCAUUGGUAGUUUCUAAUCACAAGGAGAAAAUCAA